AUGCUGGUUCCCGACGGCAAGUCCUCAGCUAUGCGCUGGUAUCAUCUGUACCUCGCUUUCUUGUCCUUAGCAUCAGUUUCGGCCUUUCUGGAGGACCUGGAGUACGAUUGGCGGGAUCAAGGACCUUUCGCAGAACUAGGUGAUCCAAUUAACUACCCUGGGCAUUCUACCUUACAGUCACCGCUAACCGGCCAGCAACUCCACAAGUGGCCCUCAGCCUCUCCCGUUGUUGACGGACUAUCCUGGCCUGAUUUACAAGUUGAGACUCCGCGGCUCGAUGAAGAGCCAGGGUCAAGAAAGCGCAAGAAACAUAGUCACGCGCAUCUGCUUCCGCCUCGAGAAACAGCACUUGAUUCAGGAUUUAUGUCCUGCUCAUCACAUCCUUAUAACAGAGUUGAUUCAGGCAAUGUACCGAUCCCCUCUGAGAAAGCGAUAGCGGUGAACCCCACUGGCAGAAAUCCUCUAGUUCGGAAUGACCGCAGCUUAGGCGGCGACGGUGAAGUGAAUUGUGGCCAGACUCAAACCCAGGCUGAGGCGCUUGCUUCACUUUUCAACUCGGACAUCGCCACGACAGCUCACCCCUCUCAAAGCGCUGAGGCCUUUGUGAAACCAUCAGAUUUCAGAAACAGGAAGCAACCCCGAUUUAGUAAAACCUUGGACCCAAUUGAACGCAAUCACAUCCAGGUGACGAAUCCAUUCAAUCCAAGCUCUGGAACGACGGUACCAAUUGUAUACGAAUAUAUCCAAGCGAUGUCCAAGAGGCUUCAUUCACGCGAUCUUAGAUUCUCCAACAGCGCAUGGACAGCUAUCCAUGCAACAUUGCCCCUCUGUUGUAAGCUCAAUGAAAGUGGUUCAGCGUCUAGGACCAUAAGAAUUAUAGACAGUUCCCGCCAACAGCUCCGGAGAUAUGAUGUUUUAGAAUCACUUUAUAGGAACUUGAUUUCGAUGAUCCAUGAUUUGCACUUAGAACGACUCAAUACGCCAGUCGAGCACAUAAUGCACGUAAGAAACAUAUUUGACCGGCUGAACGGAGAAAUUCUUAACCCUGCAAAUGGUGUUCCACUCCUGGGUACCAGCAACCCCACGGCGAAAGGCUGGAAAGAUGACUUUAAAAACACUGAAUUCGGACAUAUGCAGGAACGAUUGGCAAUAUACUUUUCGGAUGGUACAAAGGCCCAACUCCCUAGUUUGGCAUCUGAUCUGAUAGAAUCUUACUACGAUUGUCAAGAAAGCGAUGAAUCAGCUAUUCGAAACCGCUUUGGAAAAAUCAAGGACCUAGAAGAAUUAAAUAAAAUUCGUAUGGAUCCUUAUCUCCAGGAUAGGUUUUACUUUCUUUACAACAUCCCAGCCACAGACGCAACAUUUCAAAAGUUUCUCAGUAGUGACGGCGGACGAUGGCUCAAGCAUCACCCCAAUUACGAUGUGUUUCAUGAAGCUUCUUGGAAUUUUGAAAACGCCUUAAACUCACAACCAAAGAUUCACCGAACUUGCAGAAAAGUAAACCAUGCGGUAUUACGGAUCGCGUUUCUAUCCAACGACGAGAGCAAAAACAAUAUGCGUGUUUUGGCACCUCCGAGGAAUCUCCCAUACAGCUUUGGACCGUUUUUAUCCGUUUAUAAUCAUUUGAUUAAGGCGGUCGAGUUGAUCCAUUUGAAGCAUGGGCCCUUAUUAAGAAACAAAAACCAGGCAAAUCUGUGCAGAAAUUAUCAAAAUCAUGUGGUAUUGAAUGCCUUGAUCAAGCAGUAA